UACAGAUGGGCAAAGCACCGGGUUUAAACCCGGUGCUUUGGUAAAAACCCAAUAAACACCCAUAAACUCCCAUAAUCACCCAAAAAAAUAGGUUUUUACGUAUUUUUUUGAAAAUAUCCCGCAAACUUUCUUCAAACAAAAACAGCGCCAUCUAGUAUCGAGUUCUGUAAUUAUCUCUUUGUUUAUGGAUUUGAAGUAAGACCGCCACGCAUGCAAUACAUUAUGACUGGGGAUUCCCCUAUUCGUCGACGCUGAAUAUGAGGCGACGACAAUCACUGUCAAACGUGUUCACUAUUACUCUGACUCUGGUAACGUGACUUCCUGGUAACGUGUUAGGUAGGAAAAGCAGUAAAAAAGUGCAUAUUAAGGGAGCAGAUUUGAAAUAAUAUUUAUACUUAACAAGAAAUAAUUAAAGGUUCAAUGGGGAGACCUAAAGAUUUACGCAUAUGGGAGCACUACCGUACUUUACCAAACAAGUCUGUUUCUUGCAAGCUUUGUAAUAAGGUCUACAAAUUCAGUAAUGCUGCCAAAAUGCUUCAACAUCUUAUCACUUGUCCAAAAUCUCCAGAAACAUUAAAAGACUCUAUGAAACUUAUAAAAGAUAGCUCGUCCAAAACCAAAAUGUCUGGACUGUCAGAGAUAGAGACAAAUGAUUCUUUUAUAAGCCCCUCGUCGUCUGCUAACACUACAAUAAAUGCUGAGUUUCAAGACACCGAUGAUCAUAUAAAAACAGAAUUAGCGAGAGCUAUAUUUGUAACAGGGACGCCAUUAUCGAUGGUGCAACAUCCUUUAUGGAUACAAUUUUUCGAAAAAUUGCAACCAAAAUUUAAAAUACCUUCACGUAAAGCUUUAGCGACAAAAUACUUAGAUAAAAUAUAUAGAGAAAUGCGUUUUGAGUUAAAUGAGGAACUAAAUGCUUGUAGUUACUUACACCUUCAGUGCGAUGGCUGGUCUAAUUUAAGAAAUGAAGGAAUAAUAAACUUUCUUAUAUCAAAACCUCAACCUGCAUACGUUAAAAGUUUGAAUACAGAAAGUAAUCCUCACACUAGUGAAUACCUUAGCCAAGAAGUUGAAAAAGUAAUGAAAGUGUAUGGAGCAAAUAAGUUUCUUGUACUUAUUGGCGAUAACGCUAGAAAUAUACAACACAUGUUGUUCCUCUCGGUUGCUGUGCACAUAUCCUUAACUUGUUGUGCCAAGAUAUUGUAAAGAUACAAGAAGUAACUGUGUUUAUUAUGCAAGCCAUAAAUAUAAUAAAAACUGUUAAAAGGAGUCAACGAUUAAGUUCCUUGUUGAUAAAAUCAAGGCAGGGUGAAGAUUCUACACAAACACUAAAAUUGCCUUGUGCUACAAGAUGGGGAAGUCAUGUUACUUCGUUAAAAAGUUUGAAAGCAAAUAAGAUAGCUUUGCAAAUAUUAACAGUUAGAGAAGAUGUGGUAAUUUCAAGAGAUAUUAAAGAUUUAAUUCUAAGUGAUGAUUUCUGGACGAAGACAGGGGAAUGUAUAAGUAUUUUGGAACCAGUCACUGAAAGCAUAUUUUACUUAGAGAGCGACCAGAAUCGUUUGCAUCGCACAUACAUUACAUUUAGAGAUGUACAAGCUAAGAUACGUUUUGCAUUAAAUGAGAUUUCGACAUUGAGCGAAGAAAGCAAACAGCAGAUUCUAACAUCAGUAUCUUCAAGAUGCAAUAUGGCAAUGAGGCCAAUACAUUUUGCAGCAUAUAUUCUAGACCCCAGGACUCUAGGAGUCGAACUUACUCAAGAGGAAGAACUUAAGGGUAUGGAGUUUAUCUACAAUUUAAGCCAACACUUAAGUUUGUCAAAUGUAAUGGCAGAUUUGGCGUGUUAUAAAGCUAAAGAAAACUUUUGG